AUGUCUGAUAUCACUCUAUACACCUGGCCUACCCCAAACGGCAUCAAGGCCUCUAUUACUCUUGAGGAACUAAAUAUACCCUACAAGACUGAGGGUAUCAACAUCUCCACCAACGUCCAGAAAGAAGAUUGGUUCCUGAAGAUUAAUCCUAAUGGCCGUAUCCCCGCACUACUCGAUGGCAAGCAGCGUAUCUUCGAAAGCGGUGCCAUUAUGAUCUACCUGACAGAUAAAUACGAUACCGACCGGAAGAUCAGUUACGCGCCCGGCACGCCCGAGCAUAUCGAGCAGCUGUCCUGGUUGAUGUUCCAGAUGGGUGGCCUCGGCCCUAUGCAAGGCCAAGCAAACCACUUCCGCCUCUUUGCUGGUGUUCGAUCCGACUACGGAAUUAACCGCUACGUCGAAGAGACCGAGCGUCUCUACUCUGUCCUUGAGAUUCGUCUGAACGAGAGCCGAUAUCUCGCCGGUAGCAAGUACACUAUUGCUGAUAUUGCCAACUACUCUUGGGUCCGUAGUGCCAAUUCGCUGGAAAUCGAUCUGGCCGAGUUCCCUGCCUUGAAUAAAUGGGUCGACGAGAUCGGUAAGCGCGAUGCAGUGAAGAAGGGUGUUAAUGUUCCUGAUAUCGGCCGGACACCAGAGCAGAUGGCCGAAUUCUUUAAAGGCGCUCGUGCUAAGAUUGAUGGAAUGACCAACACUGAUAAGCAUUAA